AUGUUAACAGCUCCACCGGUGAUUACAGAGUCAUUAAGAGAUCAAACAGUGGUUGAAGGUGAGCCUGUUGAAUUUCGUUUGAAAGUUUCGGGCAAUCCACCACCUACCAUCAAAUGGUACCUCAAUGGAAAGGAAAUCCCAAGCCAGCCACAACCAUCUCAAACGUCGCCGUCGUCGGGACCCUUGCACACGUGCACGUUAACAGUUCUGAACUGCAGCACGCAGGACAUCGGUCACUACACGUGCUGUGCUCUCAACGUUACAGGCAGAGAUGUGUGCAGUGCUGAGUUGUUCAUCAAGGGAGCCACUGAUCGUGACGAGACAGAAGCCGGUGUGGCGGAAGUUUAUGUGGAACCAUUAUUUGGAAAGUUGCCAUCAUCUUCGUCAUCGUCAUCUCCUCUGCGGUCUGGCAGUGUUGACGAUCCUGUGCUGGCACUUGUCGGAGAAACAGCCAGACUGGAUUGCAAGAUAUCUGGCCAUCCAGUUCCAGACCUGACGUGGUACAAGGACGGCAGAGAGCUUAUAAGGGGCGGUCGCUAUCUGAUGUCAGUCAAUCAAGAAGGAGUCCAUUCGCUCAUCAUUAAGUUGGCGAAGAUCUCAGAUUCUGGAGUUUACACUUGCAGGGCAAGCAACAGGGCUGGUCAGGCAACAAAAGAUAUUUUCUUGAAUGUUGAAGGUAAUCAAAGACGAUCAUGUCCUCUUUUUGUAGAAAAAUUGAGAGAUGUUGAAGUGAAUGAUGGUGAUCCAGUUGAAAUGAAAUGUACCGUCGCUGGUUAUCCGGCGCCUGUUGUAUCUUGGCUGAGAAAUGGGAAAGACAUUAGUUUAUGCAAAGAUUAUAUUGUUAAAUAUGAUCUAAGAUCAGGCGUUUGCCAGUUAUCGAUAAAAGACUGCAUGCCAGACGAUAGUGGUGCAUUUGUUUGCAUUGCUAGAAAUUCUCACGGG